GUGUGUGAACCAGGUGGGGGGUGUAGGCUGCAGUGCCCCGUACAGCAGCGGGGGUGGCCGUGGCCCUGAGCUACAUCCACCCCAUCAGCGCCUCCCUCACCCCGUACAACAGGUUGCUCUACCCUCCACCACCACCCCCCAUCCCACUUCACUCCUCUCCUCGCGUCUCCCUCCCCCGUCUCUCUCAACGACACCUCGAGUGCUCAUAUGCCCGAAGAAAGGCUUUAAAUAUCUUAUUGUUUGAGGUAAAUAGGAGUGUGUUGUUUGUGCUUGUUGUAAUAUUGGUGCUUGCCAGGAGCGUUGGCACCCGCGCGGCCGCCACCGGUCGGCCAAUCACCGACGCGCCUCACAAACCUGUUCCUCGCACUAAAUUCCGGAUAAAAUAGCCGAUUGUAUUAAUAGCUGUUCACAGCUUUAGUUCCACGCUCGGAAAAGUUGCUGCGGUACACGAAAUCAAUACUAAGUGUAAAAUCGAAGCUGUGUUAGUUUCCGGGCGAGAUAUGUGAUGGACGAGACUAACAAUAAAUGGGAACAAGCAACUGUGACGAGCUUCACUAACCAGACAAGGUGCUAUCUUACCAACAUGAGUGAACAGUGCUUCUGUCUCCGGUGGAACAACUAUCAGAGUAGUGUAGUUGGGGUGUUACGUUGCUUACUAGAGGAAGGACAGUUUGUCGAUGUUACACUUGCCUGUGAUGGCCGGAGAUUAAAGGCACACAAGCUAAUGUUAUCUGCCUGUUCAAAUUUCUUCAGAGAAUUGCUAAAGGAAAAUCCAAGUGACCACCCAAUAAUUUUCCUACGUGAUGUGAGGUUUUGGGAGUUGGAGUCGAUAAUGGACUUCAUCUAUAAUGGCCAAGUAAAUGUUAUGCAGGAUCAAUUGCCGGGCUUUAUUCGAACAGCAGAAGCGUUGCAGAUUAAGGGGUUGGCAGCAGUAAACAACAAUAAUAACAACAUCCAUGCAAAGCCACCUGAUCCAAGGCUUUAUUGUGGAGAUAUAGGACGACUCCAAGAUCCUUACUUGGGUGUUGGGGGGGAGAUUAUAGGAGAGCUGCACCAUCCUCCUCCUCUGAAGCGUCCACGAAGACCUCCAACCACCCACGCUUUCCUCCCACCAAGACAAGAGAACCCUUCACCGGUAACUAGGUUGCCACAUGAAGAUUCACCAAUCAAAGCAGCGAUAGCAGCCACGGCAUCUCAUGCAGCAGUAAAACCAGAGUUACCAAUAUCAGAGCCAAGCAAAACAGACCCAGCCACUGGAAUUGCUGCACAAGGAACAGCAGUUACACCAACACCAGUUCCUCAGGGAUCGUCACAUUCUGGAGGAGCGGCAAGUCCUAAAGCAGGUACGGCAGUAGAUAAAAUUUCGACUUCAGCAAAAGGUGAAGACGAUCGUACCUCCACACCUGAUGGGGAGUCUGAUUUAGAAUAUGGCAGCAAUGAUGGCUCACUCAGCAUGAUAGAAAAUCCUAAAGAAGCAGUUGAAUGGUCACUGGGAGAAUUCCAAUCGCCUAUGGCCUUAAACUACAAUGAAGGCGGCUAUCCAGUGUGUAAAGUGUGUGGGAAAGUCUUCAAGCACCAGGGAUCCCUCGUUGCUCACUACCAGGUGCAUCAAUUACGAACCAAGUGUCCCGUGUGCAAAAAGGUGCUGUCCCGCCAUUAUCACAUGAAGGUGCAUUUGUUAACUGUGCACAAGGUGCCUGACUCUGAGAUUGAGGGCCUUCUUCGAAGUCAAAACAUUGCCUGAAACUGGAUGCUGAAGAAAUUAGGUUGUCAUUCAGACCCUGUAUAUUUUUCUACUGUUGACCAAUUGGAAGCAUUCAGCAUUAACCUGUUGCUUGUAUUGGGUAAUAUUAAGAGUAAUCUGUUAACAAUAUUUAUAUUGUAGCUAAAGGUGACUUAAUAUGUGGUGGCUUUAUAUGUAUAGCCCUAACUGUAUACUAGGUGCUAGAACUUCGAAUGUGGAUCUCAGAUGUGUAUCGUAUUAUUUGUUUCAAAGUUUAUCAGUACAGUACACAGUUUUUAAAAUUUAAUAAUUGAUCAACUGUUAAUGUUAAGUUUAUUUUUCAGAUGAUCUAUAAAUAACAUACGAGAAAGUGUAAUUUCUUGGCAGAUCUAAAUGGACAAACUUGCUAGCCGUAUGACAUACCAAUCCCUCGCAGUAUCCAAUCCUUUUCAGAUAAUAAAGAAAAUGUAUUGGAACACUGUAAAAUUAAACAUUUAUGGCGAGUCAAGGGUUUUUAAAUAAAAAAAUAUAGCAAGUUGUUAUAGUGUACAGAAUAAGAAUUUAUUAAAGUUGCCAAGGUUGUUUGUGUAAUAAGGACAUGGUAGCUCUUUCAGUGGUAGGCAAUAUGUGAAUUAAGUUAUUUAAAUAUUGAUGACUAUAUAUAUAUAUAUAUA